GUGGAUGUGCUGAUGCUUAUUUCAAAAAGCUGGCCAACAAACAUUUUAAACUGUGAAACUCGAGUGAUCGUUGGCUUGGCAUUUGUUCCGAGACGGAUUUUCCCUUUCAGCCAACCAUACCAUAUUUCACCUUCGUUGCAAUUUCCACAUUAUCAUUUAAACAAGGAUCAAGAAAACACAAGCAAUAGCACAAUGGCUCUUGACAAGAAGUCUCAGUUUCCGAUUUUUAGCAAAAUCCUGAAUGGAGGUAUUGCAGGCAUUGUAGGUGUGUCCAUAGUGUACCCAAUUGACCUAGUCAAAACAAGACUCCAAAACCAGAACUCAACUACCGGUGAAAAACAAUAUAAGAAUAUGUUAGAUUGCUUUAAAAAGUCAUAUCGAGCAAAUGGAUAUUUGGGCAUGUACAGAGGUUCCGCCGUUAAUAUUCUGCUAGUUACGCCUGAAAAGGCUAUUAAACUUACUGCUAAUGACGCUUUUCGUUACAUACUGCUGGACAAACAAGGGAAGUUAACUGUGCCACGGGAAAUGAUUGCUGGUGGAACUGCUGGUCUAUGCCAGACUGUGAUAACGACUCCGAUGGAACUACUCAAGAUCAAAAUGCAAUUGAGCGCCCAGCAAUCUACUAGCGGGCAGCGUGCAUCGGCUCUUCGUCUCGCCUCAGAACUGAUCUCCUCCCAAGGAUUUCGGGGUUUAUAUCGAGGUUGUUUGUCUACCAUCCUGCGCGACGUCAGUUUCUCUGUCAUCUACUUCCCGCUGUUCGCCCACUUGAAGUCUGUGGGAUCUCAACAUCAGGGAGCUGAUUUGGUCACUUGCGAAGCCCCUUUCUAUUGGUCGUUCAUAUCUGGUUGUGUUGCUGGAGGCUUUGCGGCUGUGGCCGUCAACCCUGUUGAUGUGGUUAAAACGCGGCUUCAGGCUCAGGGCCAAUCCAAGGAGAUUCCAGGUGGAGGUAAAGGAACUCCAGGCCCAUCUUCCGUCCUAAUGAAACCUCAUACUCAAUCUCGGGAUACGCAUCAGUUAGCAUUCCUCAACGCAAGCGGCGAGGCUAAAGGAGGAGGUGUCGCUCGUAGCCUACACCAGCCCAGUGGCGCUGUGCCGGGUGCGGAAGUGCCUCGCUAUCACGGCAUGGGUGACGCUGUAGUUCGCAUCUUUCGCGAAGAAGGAUUCCGCGCCUUUUUCAAAGGCGGUGGCUGCCGCGUUCUCGUCAUCGCACCACUUUUCGGCAUCGCACAGACUGUAUACUAUCUCGGCGUCGGUGAAUACUUACUCGGCGUCAACACUCCGAAAUAAAAGCGCAACACUCCGAUCAAUUCAUUUCCAGGCCCCCUUUUAGUUUUCUUUCUUCUUUUUAUGAAGCGACAAGAAAACUGGGCCGAAUUCAGUGUUAAUUCUUCUUCCUUUUUUUCCUGAAGAAAAUGAAGUGGUUUUGGGCGCAAAACAAGUUAACUAAGUUUAGCAUUUCUUUAUAUUGAUAAGCGAAUCUCUUUCAGAGAAUAACAAAAUAUUAAAUGCCCUAGACAAUUGAGUGCAGUUUUGGCAGAUAAUUGUUUUCCUUUGCGUCGGAUUUUUCCCGGCAGCGUUAUCAAAGUAAUAAUGAUGUCCAUUUUGUCAUUUUUGAGUUUUGAUAGCAUUUAAUCGUUGGUAUUGUUGCCAUCAGCUUGACAUGGCACUUCCGUAACAUCAUCUUCCUGCCGCCUCCCUUUUCUUGUCUCUCAAUAUUGUUAUCACAUUCACCUAUUGAUUGCCUGUUUCCGCGUUCUUAAACUUGAACUGAAAAAGCUCUGUAGCUAGAGAUUUCCCUUUCUGGCUUGUUAUAUAAGCCGGUGAUAUACCUUUACCCGAGUAGUUUUUUCUUGAAUAAUUUUCAGCUCUUCGCUUUGACCCUUUACCUUAUAUCAAAUAAAAUGUUUUCCACAAGGAA